GCCUCGGCGCCUUGCAAGCCAAUCAUGUGGAACAGCGGUGAGGAACCAAUCGUGGGGCUCGGCCACAGCGACGUUAAUGUCAGCGAGUCACGCGUCGGCGUUUGCCAAGGCAGAAGAAUCGGGGUAGACUUCAACGAACGGCCGGCGCGUGUGCGCGUGCACCUUAAGAGGGCGUGAAUAAAAUAGGUGCGAAGCCACUUUAUAGGGAUCAAGUAGCAGCCAAAUAAUGACUGUGAAAGAGGAAAACUAGUGGCGUAUUUGAUUUUUUGUUCUUUGCAAAAAAAAUGUAUGAUGACAUAAAAUAAAUGAAAAUGAAGUUACCAUUUUUUUUUCUCGUUUGAGAAUCAAACUGUUAAACAGGAGCUCACACAUAGAAAAGGACACACGGCAAGUUCAUGGUUACUGAACACACCUUGGCCGCAAGCCACAGCAUUGUGCGCGGCAGGCUGCCGUGCUAAUGCCACACAAACGGAGGAAGGAAGGAAAACAAGCCCAACAACAGCUACGAAAAGGACGAAAGAUACGGUGCCCACGCAGCAAUGACGAACGACAUGGCGAUCUGGACCCAGGCCCGAGGCAGCAUCCGAUCGAUUGGCAGAGGCAGUGCCGGCAGCGGGGGCAGCGGAGAGGAGUACGAGUGCAAGAUCUGCUACCACGCGUAUGAUCUGCGCGCGCGGCGCCCCAAACUGUUGGCGUGCAGCCACGGCGUGUGCUCGCACUGUCUCUCCCGGAUACUAAGCGGCGGCAGCGGCAGCAGCGAUGGCUCGCGCCAAAUCCCAUGCCCGUUCUGCCGUUGCCCCACGGCGGUGCCGCCCUCGCGCGACGUGUCCGCUCUGCCCGAGGACAAGGCACUCGUGGGCAGCAUGGUGGCUCGGUGGAGGCCUCCUCCUCCGCCGUCAGUUCGGCCGGCGCGCCACAACGGCGGCGGCGGCGAGAUGCUGCUCAACCCGCUGCGCCUGAAGACUUCCUCGCUGGCGCUGUGCGUGUCGGUCGACUGCCUCGCACUCAACGCGCUGAGCGGGGACCACCUCGCGGGACGCUUCCCCAACGCAGCGCUCGGCCACAACAGGGCGUCGAGCCUCGACCUCAACUGGGCGAUGGCUCGCAACCACGACCACCUUUCGGAACUCGGCCAGAUUCAGCACACGGGCGUGGGAAUAGGCUUAGACCAAAGUCAGGUGUUCACCUAUGGUCAGAACCAAGGCACGGGGUUGGCCCUGAACCUGGCAGCGCGCCAGAACUUCACCGGCGACUCCACGGCAGUAGCAAGCUCGCCGAGUGGGACGAUGGCAAACUCCGGCCGGCCGCAGAGCCACGACUCGACGUUCUCGCACGGCAGUUCCACGUCGCGGAGGGGGCUGUGCGGCAGGGCGCCCCGCCUGCUGCUCUGGCUGCUGGGCUUUGCCUACUUCAGCUCUCUGCCCGUGGGAAUCUACAUGCUGGUGAUGGAACGUGUGGCGCUCGGGGUGCUGCUCAUCAACCUCAUGCCAGCCACGCUGACCGUGGGCCUCCUGUACGGGCUGUGUCGAUGCGUCUGGCAGGAGCGAUGCGCCACGUGCGCCACUCCGUAACGGCGCCGCAGGCUUGGGCUGACCGUCACAACUUGCAGGGGAAACUCGCAAACGUCAGCAACGCAAGUCUAAACCAAAGCAAUAAAAGGGAUAAGUUUUUUUAAGGUAGCGAAAAGAAGUUACGAUUUUUGUUGAGGGCAGUACUGUGGUCCAACGCAGCACUUAAUUCCGUGGUAAUGAUGCACAAUUGAGUAGCAUGUUUGAAAAUUUGCAUACACCCGUCUGUUCUUCAAGAUGAUGAGUUUCCACUACAAUUUACCAGUCUGCAAGUACAACUAUUAUGACAAUAUCAGUGACUUUUGAUAAUAAACGAUGGCCGUGUUUUCCACAGACAAUGAUUCUACACGCAUUAACAAAAGAUUAGGGGUGAUCAAAACUGAGAGACGAUGUUGAAACGAACGUUAUUAUAACAAUGAGUUUCUCAUCAUGAUGAGUCGAUGGUAAACGGUGUACAUAAUGUAUAUCCAGAUCCAUUUCUGGCCUUGGGGAAAUGCCUUAGAGCUUGAAAAGGUGUUUGCUUUCAUCCAUAAGUCUCGUUUUACAACGGAACAUGGGCAUCGUUUUGGUGAGAAUGUUGCUCUUGAAUGCGUACUCCACCCUGGAUUCCGCUACCCUUAAAUGCUUCGCAUGCUAACGUUCAAUAUUUCUUUUUUUCCAGGAAUAUUUUAUUGCCGGGCCAAUCCAAUUUUCUCUACGACCCGCUUUUAAUCUGAACUGCCAAGGAUCAAAGUAAUUUAAAGCUUGAGACAAUGGUUCACCGCACUGUGGGUACAAGAUGCGGUGUGUGCUGUGUGAUCGAUAUGGCCAGAGUGGAAAUUAUCGAUACAAAACCAAUAACGUGAGUCCCAGAACUGAUAAAAACAUAUUUCUAUUCCCGCUUGAUGAUGGAUACCAUUUGCACAAUAAUAAGGUUAAAAAUACAAGAAGACAAAGAUAUGAGGUUUGAACAUAUUCAUAAUCCAAGUUAGUUAAGUUACUCGAGGAAAUGUAACGCUUAGGAAUAUACCCGCGACGAAGUUCCGAACGUGUUCAGAUAAACAGCUCAAUUAAGCUGCUCAUAAAAAAAUACGUCAUUGUUAUUUUUUAAAAUAAAGCUGUACAUAGAGUGAAAAAAAAAUGAUAUGCCUGUCACACACAGCCCUGCUUCGUAUCUGUCAAUAAAACGGGUCAUGAAUAAAGAAUAAUCGUGGACUGCAAAAA